AUGGCAAAAUUAAAGUUAUUAUGGGUACUAACCUGCUUGGCCCUAUUAUUUGUGGCAGUACAAGCGCAAGGAGAUGAUGAUACUACAACUGUUGCUGCUGCUGAUGAUGAUACUACAGAUGUUGCUGCUGAUGACGAUGACACUACAACUAUUGCUGCUGAUGAUGAUGAUAAUACAACUGAGGCUGCUGAUGAUGAUGAUACUACAACUGAAGCUGCUGAUGACGAUGAUACUACAUCCGCUGGUGAAGUAACUGAACCCAGUACAAAUACUCCAGCACCUGGUGACACCACAAUAAGGCCAACUAGACCAACUCGUCCAUCGUGCCCUCGUCCACCACGUCCACCAGGAGGAUGUGGUAGACCGCAUCCACCUCAUCAUCAUGGACACGGAGGAGGAUGUGGUGGAGGUCGUCACGGAGGUAGAGGUGGUCAUCAUGGAGGUAGAGGUGGUCAUCAUGGAGGUAGAAGUGGUCACCAUGGAGGUAGAGGUGGUCAUCAUGAAGGUAGAGGUGGUCCCGGUGGCAGAGGUGGUCCCGGUGGUAGAGGUGGUCCCGGUGGCAGAGGUGGUCCCGGUAGCAGAGGUGGUCCUGGUGGCAGAAGUAGAAGUGGAGGUAGAGCUGGACACGGUGGAGCACAUGGAAGAAGUGGUAGACAUCACGGUUAA